GAAGUCAUUAGAGACGCGUUAUUGUGGUCUAUUUAUGUUUUGAUGCUUCGUGCCUUGUGCCGUUCAGCCAGGAGACAAUGCAGGUUAUCCUCCUCAGAUGCACCCAACAAGGUCCUCCCUCACCCGCGGCUAGAUUAUCGUAACAUUGCUGAAAAUAUUGUCUACAAGACAACCAACGCUCAGAACCGGAAGGCCCCCAUUCCUCACGACGCCAUCCAGUCUGUCGCACGGGCAUAUACAGAGUUCAAGACAAUAUCUUCCGCUCUCAACUCGCAGCGCAAUGCGAGAUCAGUGGUUGGAGAACGAAUUCGACAGUCCGCAAAGGCCAACGACGCGGCUGCUAAAGAAGUUGCCAUGGCGGAGGCGCUGGGCAUAAAAGAAGAGAUUUCUCGACUAGAAGCGGCUCUUGCCUCUGUCGAAGAAACAUUGCUUUCCCUCGCCCUCGCUGUUCCCAACGACACCCAUCCUUCCUCUCCUCUCGGCCCAGAAUCAGCUGCUGUCGAACUAUCGACACACGGCCCCGCCCCAAUUCCUGCCACAACCUCACGCGAUCACGUCGCCAUUGGGAAACAACUGGGACUAUUAGAUCUUGACAGUGGCGCUACGGUCGCUGGCAACUCAUGGUACUAUCUCACCAACGAGGGUGCGUUACUCGAGAUGGCCCUCGUUAACUACGCACUUUCUGUCGCAAUCAGACAUGGCUUCAAACCUGUCCUGACGCCAGACGUUGUCCGCUCCGAAAUUGCUCGAAGCUGUGGCUUUCAGCCGCGCGACACCUCCGAGCUAUCCCAAGAAUACCAUCUUUCUGGGACUUCGCAGGACCUAGUCCUGUGCGCGACAGCCGAAAUUCCUUUAGCUGGCAUGUUCGCCAACAAAAUCUAUCAGGACUCUGAAUUGCCCGCGAAAGUCGUUGGUAUUGGCCAUGCGUUCCGCUCUGAAGCUGGCGCUCGUGGAAAAGACACGCACGGUUUGUAUCGUGUGCACCAGUUCACCAAGGUCGAGCUUUUUGCUGUAACGACGCAAGAGCAGAGCGAGAAAAUGAUGGAGGACAUGCAAAACCUUCAGAUAUCGAUUCUCAGCGGGCUUGGACUAGCCUUCAGAGUUCUUGACAUGCCGACGGAGGAACUCGGCGCCAGUGCCUAUCGAAAAUACGACAUGGAGGCCUGGAUGCCUGGUCGAGGCUCCUGGGGAGAAGUCUCCUCGCUCUCAAAUUGCACCGACUUCCAAGCUCGACGGUUACACGUUCGGUACCGCGGGCCCGUCCAGCCUAAUCAUCCUUCCCUAACAACCUUCGCCCACACUCUCAAUGGCACUGCGGCAGCCAUUCCUCGCUUAAUUGUUGCUUUACUAGAGAACGGGGCUGUCUUUGAUGAGGAGGGGAAACUAACGGGAAUUCGCUUGCCCGAUGUGCUGCGACCAUUCUGGAUAGGCUCAAAUGAGGGAGGCUUUGUUCACUGGCACUAG